ACUCUGGACUCACUUAAGAUAUCAAAUCAACAUGAGCGGAAGAGGCAAGGGCGGCAAAGGUCUGGGGAAAGGAGGCGCCAAGCGUCAUCGCAAAGUUCUCCGUGAUAACAUCCAGGGAAUCACCAAGCCCGCCAUCCGCCGCCUGGCACGUCGUGGCGGCGUCAAGCGUAUCUCCGGGCUCAUCUACGAAGAGACUCGUGGCGUGCUGAAGGUCUUUCUGGAGAACGUCAUCCGCGACGCAGUCACGUACACUGAACACGCCAAGAGGAAGACUGUGACCGCCAUGGACGUGGUCUACGCUCUGAAGAGACAGGGCCGAACCCUGUACGGAUUCGGAGGUUAAACUGCAGCUCCAGCGACAAAAAACAAUGGUCCUUUUCAGGACCACCCACAUGACUGACGAGCAAUUAUUCUCUUAUGAAAUCUAUCUUAUAUUUUGAUAAAUCAAUGACUCGAGUGAAAUCAGGCAAGUUUGUGAAUGUUUACUUCAGCAUACUUCUGACACAAGCUUAGGAAACAUCAUUUAAUGACGGACUAUUUGAAACGGUGACAUCUAGCGGAAUAACAAAGCUCAAACGGGGAGUGGUUAGUCUCCCAGUUCUCCAAUUUGUAUGAAUGACAUCUCAAUCUGUAGUGAUGUGGUAUUUCAGAUGCAUGAUUGAACAAACUGGAAAACUGAGUGAUUAAAAGGAAUAACUUGAAGUAUUAAGUUAAUUUAAUUUUUAUAAUUCAAAACUUCAGCACUUUGUUAUUUUACCAUCACAAUCCUCCAAGUAUCUCUGACAUUGACCUGAGGCUCCAAAUGUUCUGACUGAAUCAUAAAUGUGUGUAUUUAGAUAUUGAGCAGGUGUGCAUUCAAAUGUCUUUACUUCUGUCAAUUUAUAUAUAAACCUCAAAUUUUAAGUAAACUAAAAUAUUUUCCGCUUCAUAAAAAUGUCAAUUAUACAAAUUUUAAAAUAUGAACUGGCUUUAUCGCAUAAGAAACAAAGCCUGGAAAUAUAAAUAAAAUGUGUUCAGA